AUCAUCUACCAUGAUGGAUAGCGAAAAUAAGUAUAUUGGAAAAUCGGGAGCAAUAGUUGAAGCACUGAAGCCCUAUCUAAGAAAGAGCCAUACUCUUUAUGUAGAUAAUUGGUAUUUAAGUCCAGUUUUAUUUAAUUUGCUAGAUAAUAAUUGUACAAAUGAGUGCGGAACCGUAAAGAAAAGGCAAAAAGGAAUGCCAAAGAUUAAUGAUAGAUUAAAAAGGGAAGAUGCAACCCCUCGUUCAUCCAAUAAUUUAUUAGUCAUAAUCAGGCACGGAGGAAAAAGAGUUAUCCAAAUACCUGUAUGCGUAUUGGACCAUAAUAACUCAAUGGGCACAGUGGAUAAAGCUGACAUGGUUAUAAGCACUGUGAACUCUACACGCAAAUCUUUGAAAUGGUACCGCAAAUUUUUCUUCCAUUUGUUAGACAUUUGCGUGUGGAAUGCUUAUUGCCUUUACAAACACAAAAUGAAAGAACCCAUAUCUAUGGCACAAUUUCAGUUGCAAUUAAUUAGAGAAAUACUGGGAAAGUAUGAUCAAAGUACAAAUCAUCAACGUCGAACAAGCAAUAAUCAUCCACCGAAGUAGAAGGCGCAUUGUUUGCAGU